UUCUACAGCCGUGAUGUCACUCCUAGCAGUGGUUUGUGUGAUGUGUGUAGAAGAGUAUGUUGGCUUCCCUAAUGGCUCAGUGGUGAUCUCCUGUGGCAACAUGAUGCCUGUUCAUCCACCCUUCACACCCUCCACCAGCAGUCCACCAUUCACCCUGUCUACAUCUAGUGCCACCUACAGGCCUGGUGGAGUCAUUACAGUGACGAUGGAGAUGGUGAAGAACAGCUCCAUGGAGUUCCAGGGUUUCCUGUUACAGGCCAGGAGCUGGAAUGGGCAGGCUCUGCUGUGGCCGAUUGGAAAAUUCAGGGGCAUCAACACCACCCUGUUUACUGCCGUGCACUGUAACAACAUGGAGAAUUCAACAGUCAGUCAGGCUUCAGGAGUCAAGAAGAAGAAAGUCCAACUGACCUGGGAGGCACCCAGCAGCAGUUACUAUGGAGACAUCUUCUUUAGUGCCAGUCUGAUCCAGGACUACACAACAUUCUGGGUUCAGCUGAACAGCAGCACUCUGAGCCUAGAGAGCAGUGGUAACUCUGCAGCUGGAGCCCUUUCCUCCUCAACUCUGAUCUUCAUCAGUCUGCUGAGUCUGUGUGUCCACUGCUGACACACACACAUAAUCAUUAAUUGUGUUUUAAAUUAUGUUUUAUUUCUCCAAACAAGCCAUGGUUGAUCAUCUU